AUGAGACCAAUAAAGUUGAUGGGACAUGAACGUUCCUUAACCCAAGUUAAAUACAACAGAGAAGGUGAUUUAUUAUUUUCUGUUGCAAAAGAUAAUGCUGCCUCAAUUUGGUACUCAUCAAAUGGUGAAAGAUUGGGAACUUUAGAAGGACAUCGAGGGGUUAUUUGGUCCAUCGAUGUUGAUCCAGAAACUCAUUUAUGUGCCACCGGAGGUGGUGACUUGGCUAUCAAAUUAUGGAAAGUUGAAAAUGGUCAAUGUGUAUAUACUUGGGAAUCCCCAUCUCCAGUCAGAAGAGUGGCAUUUUCAACAAAUGGUAAGAAAUUAUUGGCCAUUGCUGAUCAAGUUAUGGGACACAUUGGUACAAUUUCUGUAUUCGACAUAAAUGAUGAUGAUUCUACUAUAACUCAACAAAAUGCCACUCCAAGUUUGGUCAUUGAAACCGAUCCAGAAGGUUCCAAAGCUACCGUGGCUGGCUGGUCUGACGAUGAUGCUUUUAUAAUUGUUGGACACGAUAAUGGUUAUGUUUCGAAAUAUGAUGCUAAAACUGGUGAAUUGGUUACAAGUUUACAAGCCCAUGGUAUACAUACAGAUGAAAAGAACGUCAGUAUUACUGAUAUCCAAUUUGCUCCAGAAGAUAAAUCCUAUUUCAUUACUUCAUCCAAAGACAAAACCGCUACUUUAAUUGACGUUGAUACUUUUGACGUCUUGAAAGUUUACAAAGCUGAUGCUCCAAUGAACACUGCUGCUAUUACUCCAGUUAAAGAUUUCGUCAUCUUGGGUGGUGGUCAAGAAGCUAGAAAUGUUACUACUACUGCUGAAUCACAAGGUAAAUUCGAAGCUAGAUUUUACCACAAAAUUUUCGAAGAAGAAAUUGGACGUGUCAAAGGUCAUUUCGGUCCAUUGAACACCGUUGCUGUCCAUCCAGAUGGUACUGGUUACAGUAGUGGAGGAGAAGAUGGUUUCAUUAGAGUUCAUACAUUUGAUAAAUCUUAUCAUGAUUUCCUUUUUGAUGCCGAAAGAACUGAAAGAGCCACUGCUGCUGGUACCAUCUAG